UGGAUAAAUGCGUAAACGUAAAUGUGUAUUAUGCGUGUGUAUAAAAUAAGUGUAGUAGAUAGUGAAGGUUUGUUCAGAUUGGGCUACUCAUCUGUCACUCAAGUUCGUCACUCCUACUAGUUUACGGGUUAAUCUUCAUGCAACUUCACUGUGCGCAACCGAGAUGACAUGAGCAACCAGCAGUUGACACGGAACAACAGUUCACAAUAAAAACAACAUGUAAAGACUCCAAGCAUCCACGUUUUACUUUAGUCUUGGAGAGUGACCGCGUCUUAGCCAUUUGAUAUUGCUGUUCUUGGAAGGGUGUGACUUUUAUCCACUCCAAACCUUUUUGGACUUGAACACUGAUCACAAUGCAGCAAUCAGACCCGGGACUCUGAUUCUCACGGCCCCUGGAGAGCCGUGAGAUCCCACGUACACCGCCCUUUCCGCGCAGUGCGCACGGGACAUCUGGCGAGCUUUUACGCACGGGCUGCAUUCAAUGCACUUACAUAGACAUGCAAAAACACUCUCAUCUGACAGCACAGGACUCUUUUCCGGUAUUUAAUGAUAUGAUGAAAUUUUAACAUCUAAUGUUACCACAGGGGACGCAACUGCAAGUUCCGCAUCUAUGUCGCAUGGCGAAAGUGAUCUAGAGCGACUACCUACGACUGUACAUACUGUAAAACCAAUCUCUGGUCAGUCAUGGAUGAAAAAUUCAAUAACCGUGAGUGCACUAACCUGUGCGUGCUGAAUUGGGAGCAGGUGAAGCGUCUGGACACCAUCCUUACCGAAAGCAUCCCCAUUCACGGCAAGUGGAACUUUCCCACUUUGGAGAUGAAGCCUCGGGAUAUCGUGACAGUGGUGCGGUGUCGCAUGGAAGAGCGCAAGAUUCAUGUGCGGGAGGUCCGGUUGAACGGUUCCGCGGCCAGCCACGUCCUCCACGAGGACAGCGGUUUGGGCUACAAGGACCUGGACCUCAUCUUUUGCGCGGAUUUGAAAGGAGAAGCGGAGUUUCAGACCGUCAAAGAUAUCGUUUUGGAUUCUCUCCUAGAUUUUUUGCCUGAAGGCGUAAAUAAAGAGAAAAUAACUCCUUUGACUUUAAAGGAGGCAUAUGUGCAGAAGAUGGUGAAAGUAUGCAAUGACUCAGACCGCUGGAGUUUAAUCUCACUAUCUAACAACAGCGGCAAGAACGUCGAGCUGAAGUUUGUCGAUUCCCUGCGGCGUCAGUUCGAGUUCAGCGUGGACUCCUUCCAGAUCCGCCUGGACUCUCUCCUGCUCUUCUACGAGUGCUCCGAGAACCCCAUGGCCGAGACCUUCCACCCUUCCAUCGUGGGAGAGAGCGUUUACGGCAACUUCGCCGUCGCCCUGGACCACCUGCAAAGAAAACUGAUCUGUACGCGAAAUCCCGAGGAGAUCCGAGGCGGAGGUUUGCUGAAGUACUGCCACCUGCUGGUACGAGGUUUCCGAGCCGCUUCGGAAGCCGAGAUGAAGGUUCUGGAAAGGUACAUGUGCUCUCGAUUCUUCAUCGACUUCUCGGACUUGGCGGAGCAAAGACGCAAGCUCGAGUCCUAUCUCCAAAAUCAUUUCGUGGGCUUAGAGGACCGUAAAUACGAAUAUCUGACCACGCUCCACAACGUCGUCAACGAAAGUACGGUGUGCCUGAUGGGCCACGAAAGACGACAGACUCUGAGUCUCAUCACCAUGUUGGCCGUACGCGUGCUAGCCGAACAGAACGUGAUUCCCAACGUGGCGAACGUGACCUGCUACUAUCAGCCCGCGCCGUACAUCGCAGACGGCAAUUUUAGCAAUUACUACAUCGCUCAAGUGCAGCCAAUCUACGCCCGUCAGCCCACCCAUACCUUCUCACCGUGGUUGCCCUGUAACUAGCAGGUUUGACACAUGUGCCCGAUGACAUUUGUGUGCUCCACAGUGAGGAAAACUCUUUCCAGCUCGCCGCGAGGAGAAGCUGCCGGAUGAAAGAUCAGAAAUAGGAAAGGAGAGUGAGGUACCUUGGAUUUGUUCCCAUGGGGCAGCACGUGGCAACUAGGCUUUAGGUGGCAUCACGCCAGGCCUACAGAAGCACAACACUGGCUCAGAGUAAACACACUUUACAAGGAUCAUCUGAGUCAAAGCAGUAACACAAGGACACAAGAGUGGUCGUCUUUGUGUAUACAGUAUGUAUGUGUGUGAUGAUAGACAUACUUGAAGACUGCAUGAGAAACCUGCAAAAGGGCAUACAGAAUAGCCAACAAACUCACACAUAAUGAACUGAAAUCAAUAAACCGGAUACCUUUGUCAGUCCAAGGAUAUUUUCUGAUAUUAAAGAGCUUUCUCAAGUGCCUUAAACUAAAGAAUGUUGGAGAUUAUUCAUUGUGUGUGUGAAUCUGCUGAAAUUGUUUGUGUCUGUAUAAAGUAGCAUUGAUCUUCACAGUGUACAUUACCAAAUGAAUGACUGAGCUGAUGAAAUAAAUGCCACUUAAUGAUGAAAUAAACACAUAGCCAUGUGUUACAUCAUCGAUUUCUGGCACAAUCCACAAAAUGUUUGAAAUCUUUACAGGCACAGUAAAGGUCGGUUUAUCUCUGUAUGCA